AUGGACGAUUACGACCAGCCCGUGGACGCCGUGUUUGGCGACCGUGUGCGCCGCUUCCAGGAAUUCUUGGACCAGCUCAACCCUGCCGGUUCCAACUACAGAGCCGAAAUCAAAGACAUGCUCACGAAGGGCCGGUUUCGGCUCUGUGUGUCGCUCGACGAGAUCCGAGACUUUGACGCCGAGUUUUGGCGCGGUCUUUUGGACAUGCCUGUGGAUUUUUUGCCCGCAUGCGAGAGAGCACUAAGAGACACGGUUUUGACCAUCUACGACCCGAACGACAGCCGGUUCCAGCCAUUGGACGACAACCAACAGUUCUACAUCUCGUUCCGCGGUGCGUUUGGCCACCACCAGGUGACUCCGCGUACGAUUUCCGCAGGCCACUUGUCAAAGAUGGUGGCUCUUGAAGGCAUUGUCACCCGAGCGCUGUUGGUGCGGCCCAAAGUGGUGAGAUCGGUCCAUUAUGCGGAAAAGACCGCCAGGUUUUAUGCCAAGCUGUAUCGCGACAACACCACGUCGUUCGAUGCCAUCACUACCCCGGCUGUGUAUCCGGUGGAAGAUCCAGACGGAAACAGAUUGACGCCCGAGUACGGUUUCUCCACUUACAGAGACCACCAGAAGAUAGCCGUGCAAGAGAUGCCCGAAACGGCACCCGCAGGCCAGUUGCCUCGGUCCGUGGAUGUGGUUUUGGACGACGAUUUGGUUGACUUGGCCAAGCCCGGUGACCGUGUGCAGAUUGUUGGUGUUUAUCGGGCCUUGGGCGGUGGUCUGAACAACUCGUCGUCUUUCCGCACAGUCGUGUUGGCCAAUUCCGUUUACCCAUUGCAUGCCAGGUCGAGUGGAGUGGCAGCACUGGAGAAGUUGACCGACGAAGAUGUACGCAACAUCAACAAGUUGGCCAAGGAGCGGCGGAUAUUUGACAUUUUGGCGCAGUCGCUUGCGCCGUCCAUUUACGGGCUCGAUCACAUCAAAAAGGCCGUGUUACUUUUGUUGUUUGGCGGUGUGGAGAAAAACUUGGACAACGGCUCCCAUUUGAGAGGUGACAUCAACAUCUUGAUGGUGGGUGACCCCUCGACGGCAAAGUCGCAGAUGUUGCGUUUUGUGUUGAAUACUGCUGCUUUGGCCAUUGCCACCACAGGCCGAGGCUCUUCUGGUGUCGGUUUAACUGCAGCGGUGACGUCUGAUAAAGAAACCGGAGAGCGGCGUUUGGAAGCCGGUGCCAUGGUUUUGGCCGACCGUGGUGUGGUGUGUAUCGACGAGUUCGAUAAGAUGCUGGACGUCGACCGUGUGGCUAUCCACGAAGUCAUGGAGCAGCAAACGGUGACCAUUGCCAAAGCAGGCAUUCACACAUCGCUCAAUGCCCGGUGCUCGGUGAUUGCGGCAGCCAACCCGGUGUUUGGCCAGUACGAUGUGCACAAGGACCCACACAAGAACAUUGCGUUGCCAGACUCGCUUUUGUCGCGUUUCGACUUGCUUUUCGUCGUGACCGAUGACGUGAACCAGGUCAAGGACAGAACUGUGUCCGAGCACGUUUUGCGGAUGCACCGCUUCAUUCUGCCUGGUAUGGCCGAAGGUGAGCCGGUGCGUGAGCGCAGUGCGGUUUCGUUGGCUGCGGGCACCGAGGUGGAGGAGGAUGCUGAACAGCCGGUUUUUGAAAAGUUCAACUCUCUCUUGCACGCGGGCGUGGCAGGCCGUGCGGCCAAAGGCGCUGCACCUACGCUCUUGUCGAUUCUGUUUUUGAAAAAAUACGUCCAGUACGCCAAGCAAAGAAUCCGGCCCGUGCUCAACAAGAAGGCGUCUGAGUACAUUGUGGCCACAUACACAGCGUUCCGUAAUAGUGAUCCGGCCGACAGUUACAAGCGUACGGCUCCAGUCACCGCAAGAACGUUGGAAACGUUGAUCCGGUUGGCGACGGCGCACGCCAAGUUGCGGUUAUCCAAAACUAUCGAGGUCCGUGAUGCAAAAGUGGCUGAGGAGUUGCUUCGGUACGCUUUGUUCAAGGAGACGGCGAAAACCAAACCCAAGCGUCGGCGUAUUGCCAUGUUUGGCGAAGAAGACGAAGAUGCCGACUUGGACGAUGGUGUGGAUGAGGAAGCUGAGUCCGACUCAGAAGAAAUCACGCCGCCACCAGACGAAGAACCUGUUGCAGAAGACGCACAGCAAGAUGAUGAAAUUGCCGAUGAAAUGGACCACUUGCAUUUAUCGCGUACAGCACCAUUGGAAGCUUCAACUCACACCAAUGUGUUCAGCGCAGAAAACCUCGAGGGUAUCAGUGCCGAGAGAUACGCCGUUUUCCUCCGAGUAAUGGCCAAUCUCAUGUCGUCGUUGCUUUUUGAGAACUCGACAGGCGCAUGUCCGACGGAACAGGUGAUUGAGUCCAUCAACGAGGACUUGGAGCAGGAGGAGAUUUUCGGGCCCGUGGAGAUUGAGAGCGCUUUCGCCCGAAUGCAAGAUGAGAACAAGAUCAUGAUUGGUGAGGGCAAGGUGUGGAAAAUCUGA